AUGACUGAAGCCUUUAACGGGUUGCACUUCUACUCUAAGGCUAUGGCAAAUAGCACCAGCAUCCCCAAUCUCAGUGCCCACGCCUGUCCAGGGUCAGAUUUCCACGGAAUGGGCAAUAAAAGGACAACAAAAGAAGGAUUCAGUGAUUUGAGAUCCCAGAACUUCUCUCUGCUGAAAAAUAGGUCAUGGCCGCGCCUCAGCAGUACCAAAGGCCGGUGUCGGGCGGUUCUGGAGCCUCUUCCGGAUCAUAGAAGGAACUUGGCUGCAGCUGUGGAUGGAGAGAAAUGCCAUAGUGACGAUGACUAUGAAGACCCUGAGCUCCAGCUGCUAAAGGCAUGGCCGUCGAUGAAAAUUUUACCAGCCAGACCUAUACAGGAAUCAGAAUAUGCAGAUACUCGCUAUUUCAAGGAUCUGAUGGAGGUGCCCCUUCUGUUACCUCCCAAGGCUUCUGGCCCCACUGGGAAGCAAACUCGGAAUGUAGGGAUGAGGCGACAGGAAGAAGUCUUUUAUAGGGACAAGCCCAUCUCUAAGGAUGUCAGAAGCCAACACUAUCAAGGAGCCAGGUACUCAGAGGUGAACAAGAUUCCUGUACCGCCGCCUCGGCCUGUCAUCACCCUCCCCAAAAAGUAUCAGCCCUUACCUCCAGCACCACCAGAGAUCAGUGCACACUUCCCUCUGAGACAUGCCUUUCCAGAAGUCCAGAGGGGGCUCAGGCAGAUCAGCUCAAAAGACUUCAGUGAGGUCCUUGGAGCAGAAGAAGGAUCUCAUCAUCAGGCAAAGUCAAGACCUUGUCACCCAUCACAACAUCAAAGCACUCGGAAGAGUCCACCUGCCAUCACCAGUUCCUCCUACAUGCCAGCAAAGCACAGUGUACAUGUCAGAGACCAUACAGGUACCAUGCAACACCAUCUUCCUCAGAGAUGCCAAGCUGCAUCCAGCCACAGCCCUCAUGAUCGAGCCCUGCCCUAUGAAAACACAAACACAGAGAAACCUGGCCCCACCAAGCUUGAUGAGAAGGACGUCCAGCAGAAUGAAUGGUACAUUGGAGAAUACAGUCGCCAGGCAGUAGAAGAGGUGCUUAUGAGAGAGAACAAGGAUGGUACUUUUUUGGUCCGAGAUUGUUCCACAAAAUCCAAGGCAGAGCCCUAUGUUUUGGUGGUGUUUUAUGGGAACAAAGUCUACAAUGUGAAAAUUCGUUUCCUGGAGAGCAAUCAGCAGUUUGCCCUGGGAUCAGGACUCAGAGGAAAUGAGAUGUUUGAUUCUGUGGAAGACAUCAUCGAACACUUCAAGUACUUUCCCAUUGUACUAAUAGAUGGGAAGGACAAGGCCGGUGUGCGCAGGGCACAGUGCUACCUCACCCAGCCACUGCCUCUCAGUAGGCACUUCCUGACUCGGUACUCUAGCCAGGCACUUCAUGAGUAA